AUAGCAGUGGCCAACAGGAAACCAGCGCGGUUUUGUUUGUGCCACAGGGAAAAGAGAACCCCCGCGGCACCAGAGCUGCGCUACACAGCCAUGAACAACAAACCACCAUCAUUGUAACUAUCUCGCCAAGAGGAGACCGAUAACUGCGCGGAGUUGCGGACAUAGGGGCGUUUGAGUUGUGUUUCUCCGUGGGAUACUGGAUGGGUGACUAUGACCUCUGAGGCAUUGAGGCUGUUGCUUAUCGCGACUGCCUUAUCGGUUCCUGAUAAGCGUCUGAUUGGCCGUGAUCGGAAGUAUACGUACCAGAUUGCUGGAAUCAUCAAUUUCAUUGUGAGGGAUUUCGAGGGAUGCGUUGACUAUGGUUUGGUUUCCAGCAGCAGUCGACCGAUGGGACCAUUGCUUUCCAUCUUUUUUUUUUUUUUUCUGCCUGUCUCCACUGCGGCAAAAAGCUCAACAGUUCCAGGCAAUAUUACUUACUCAAUAUUCUCCGAUACCAUGAAUACACGAGAACAAUACUUUGUUCACGGCCAGCUGGAGACUUCGUAAUCCUGCUGCAAUUAAUGGGCAAUUAAUCGGCGGUGGAGCCCUCUAGACAAGUGGAUCUGGCCGCUGUCCUCCUGGGGCUUGUUUUUCC